CUGCAGCGUCAACCUUCACGGGAUGAACCUAUCAUCACAAUGUAAAAGCAGUUUUGUCCAGCUGUGAGAUACUGUAGGGCCAAAUCCAGACACCGAAGUCGUAUCGCAACCAUGAAUCCACGGGUAUCAGGACUCAAGAGCUUUGAAAACACAGACCCUCUGGUCAAGUACACGAUUGAACAUUCCAUCAGGCAGACGGAUGUUCAAAAGAAAUUAAGCGAGGAGACUCUCAAGAUGAAGAUGGGAGCUAUGCUCGGUGCCCCGGAAGUACUUCAGUUGAACCAAAAUCUAAUAAGAGCCAUUGGAGGCAAGAAGGUGCUAGACGUAGGUGUCUUCACAGGAGCCAGUACCCUUUCGGCUGCUCUUGCCCUCCCUGAAGAUGGUGAAGUCCAUGCUCUAGACACGAGCAUGGAGUUUACUGAUAUUGGAAAGCGUUACUGGGAGGAAGCAGGCGUAGCCCAUAAGGUGCACUUGCACAUUGACCCGGCCAGCGAAACCCUCCAAAGGCUUAUAGACGCAGGCCAGAGGGAAACUUUCGACUUCGCCUUCAUAGACGCAGACAAAGAAAACUACGACAAUUACUACGAGCAGUGCCUGGUCCUCAUCAAAUCCGGAGGGAUCAUCGCCUUCGACAACACCCUCCAGUCCGGAAGGGUCAUCGACGCUGAGGCGAAUCGUCCGAAUAUAGUAGCCAUCCGGAAGCUCAACGAGAAGCUCCGAGAUGACUCCCGUAUUAACAUUUCUUUCCUGAAAAUUGGUGAUGGACUGACGCUCUGCUUUAAGAAAUAAAACGUUUGACAUGAGAGCUGAAAUUCUACUAAGUCUGUUGCCGGGCUGUUAAAAACUAAAGGAACACGGGGUUAGGGGUGGAGAGUCCAUCCAGGAUGAAAAGUAAACCCGUGCAAUUAUGAAUUAAGGGCUCAGUUUAUUGUAAUCUUGAGUGGGUGCUUUUGAUGCCACACAACCACAACCUCCCACCCCCACCCAAAAAGAAGAAUGUAAGUUCCUUUUCAUUUCCCAAAACUUCUGCUUAUUAUGAAAAAAUGUAGAGGAAAACGAAUUACACUUGUUUUUCAUCAAAUAAAGUCCAUUAACCAAA